ACCAAUUCCUUUUCUGUUUUCCUCCAUACAACUCCCACAAAUGGAAAUGCUUUCCCAACCCUUUUUUUCAUCUACUUUUGUGUGCAUCAUCUCCGUCACCAUCUUCUCCAUCUUGCUCCUUCUCCCACCGUCAUACAGUGAUCCCUUGGAUGAGUUCUCGGAUUGUGACCAUUCUGCUUCCUUCCAUUGCGGAAGCCAUGAAAGCUUUUACUAUCCUUUUUGAAACGACAGUACUCCAAAGCAUUGUCAUCCGCUUGGAUUCCACUUGACAGACUGCGAGAAAGAGGUUCCCACCAUAGACUUUGGCCCAGAUGGUUCAUUCCACCUGCAGCACAUAAACCCAUCAAAUUACAACAAAUUGACGAUUGCUCGAAUGAAUUUUAAGGCAUAUAUUUGUCUCGAGACACCACAAAACAGAACUCUUCUGCCCCCUUUCUUGAAAUUCUCCGAAACCAACAAAAACCUCACUCUGUUCUAUAACUGUACUCCACCUGCUGAGGUACCCGAUGAAAAUAAGAUUUCUAAGUGCGGCGCCGGAUAUAACAACAUACUGUUCUACAUGAAUGAUUCGGAGCGGGAUGAUCAUCACAGAGAGCUGUACGAGUGCAGUACUGUGAAAGUUGUGGUUAAUCAGAUGGCUUUCAACAACUUCCAGGAGAGGAAACUGAGAUUGUUCGAUGCUUUGAGAGACGGUGGAUUUGAUGUAGAGUACAACAGUAAUGAGGUUUAUGAGAUCAGAAGGCCUUUUGCUGUCAAAGACAGAAUUCUACAUAUAGGUUGCGGUGGUUAUGGAGAUGUGUACGAAGGGAAUCUACCAGAUGGUUGUUUUGUAGCUAUGAAGGUCCUUAACACAUCCAAAGGGAAUGGUGAAGAAUUCAUUAACGAAGUUGUAAGCAUUAGUAGAACUUCUCAUGUCAAUGUUGUUACACUUCUAGGAUUUUGUUUGGAGGGUGAAAAGAGAGCUUUGAUCUAUGAGUUCAUGCCUAAUGGAUCUCUAGACAAGUUCAUUUUCAAAGAAAGCACUUCAAAGGACAAUAAGCACUUGGAAAGGGAAAGGCUAUAUAGUAUUCCAAUUGGAACAGCACAAGGGCUUGAGUAUUUGCACUGUGGAUGCAACACAAGGAUUUUGCAUUUGGACAUAAAACCUCAAAACAUUCUUCUUGACAAGGAAUUUUGCCCAAAGAUUGCUGAUUUCGGGUUGUCAAAACUAUGCACUAGAGAAGAUAGCAUUGUGUCAUUGUUGGAGGCUAGAGAGACAAUUGGGUAUAUCGCUCCAGAGGUCUUUAGAAGAAACUAUGGGGUUGUUUCACAUAAAUCAGACAUCUAUAGCUAUGGAAUGAUGGUUCUUGAAAUGGUUGGAGGAAAGAAGAGCCUUCAAACAGGGGCAAGUGCUAGCAGUGAGUAUUUUCCCAAUUGGAUCUAUAGGCAUCUAGAUUUUGCUGAUGAACUUGGAUUGCAAGGACUUAAGUCCAGAGUAGAAACUGAUAUCGAAAGGAAAAUGAUAUUGGUAGGACUGUGGUGCAUACAAACAAAACCAUCCGACAAGCCAUCAAUAAAGAAGGUGAUUGAGAUGUUGGAAGGAAGUGUGGAAGGUUUGCCUAUUCCACCCAAGCCUUUUCUUUCUUCUCCUUCAAGACCUCUCCUUGAUUCAUCGGCCAUUUUAGGUUGUGAUAAUGUACCAUUAGUAGAUUAAUUUUGUGUAGCUUUGGUUUAUCACUUUGCGUCCAUCAUAAAAAGAAUUUGUGCUAAUAAAUUAUUGAUAUUGUAAAUUUGCAACAAUACAGGGCUUAUACUUGAUUUGAAAUCAAAACAUUUUACUUUU